ACUUCCUUUUACGCCCGGGAGUAUCUCAUAGGCAUUUUAUCCUUAAGGACCUCUCCUUGUAAGCAAAGUGUACCCGUGUCAUUCAUGCCCUACACGCCGCCUGUGUGCCGACAUUGUCCAACCCAUACAGUAUGCCCAUCAGAGAGCUUGUCGUUGCGACAUUUUCCAUGGGGCUUGCGCAGGUACAGAUGGAGCACACAUCUCCAGGGUGGAACUGUGACCGUCCGAUCUCAAAACCACCUGAAACCGUCGGUUUCAAAACCCGCUGGAUUACCAGAAGCAGAGGGCAAUCAGGAUCAUGCAUCUGGAACACUUUCCUGUACCCUGAAGCGGUGCUGCAGAUAGUGAAAAAGGGCGACCAGGAUAGCUCCGCCAUGGUACUAAUAAGGCUUACCAUCGCUCUUGAACAGCGCUACGUGCACUUGCUGAUACGGAUUGACAAAGAGACUCGGUACCAGCAGAGCUCCUGCUGUUUCUCGGACCUUCCCGGAUUGCGUAGAGCAAGCCCAAGGUAGCAGUAGUUUUAGAGUAGCAGAAAACAUGGCUGUAUGCACAGCAGACAUGCGGAUUGCUUCAGGAAAACGGAUUUCCCCGUGGGGGUACAUGUGCGGUCUCCACUGGAGCUGGCAGCUCCUCCUAUCGGUCCUCGUCGUCGCCGCCAUCACAAGCGGGGAUAGAUCCGUUGGGGUCCGCGCUAUGAGCGCGGCAGCGGAGCGACGCGAACAGAUGGAUCAGAUGCUGCAAGCUCAAGUGGAUUUGAUGCUGGCAACGUUCGAAAGGGAUGCUGACGUGGCAGCGCUGACUCAGCAGCAGACGGCAUGCUCCUGCUACCGCAUUCGCAACGAUUACUGCUGUCGCCAGUACAUGUGCUUGUGCUCGCCCAUGUGUUGGAACGGUUAUGAGCUCAUUUCUCUCGGAGAGCCCAAGUGCGCACCAGCAGCAGAGGGCACGCCACCCCAACCCGGCCAGGGACCCAUCCUAACCCCUUUGGACUGCUCGCAGCAGCAGGAAUUCGCCUCCGCGAUGUCUGGUAUCACAGAAGAGACUGCAGAAGCAAACCUGGGUGUGCGAAACGCAGGAGGGAGGGGGAGAGGGGACAGGGAGAAGGGGUGGUUGGGGAGCAGGAAGGGAGUGGAUUGGCGGUUUGGGCUCACGAUGCUGCAGCGAUUCAACGACAGCUCCGUCAACCUCUCCCACUUCGCAGAGAAGGCACUCACGCUGCUCCUAGUCAACAACUUCACGGCGCCUGCGCUGCUGCACCCCAUGGUGACUCGCUUCAUGCUGCCUCGCUCGCGAGCCGUGAUUGAAAGGAUGAGAAUGAAGGGGGCAGAUGCGGUGCACGCCCGGCUGCUGCAGGCAAUGGUUGAAUUCGCCCUCACUCCAGUGCUCUCCCCUCACAUCCACACGUCCUUCCAGCUCCACGAGCACAUGACUCUAGGAGACUCCCCCAUGGCAUUCGGGCUGGUGGAAUUCGAAUCCGCGUGGAAUGCAGCCACUGAAGAGCGCCCUCUCUGCUUCGAGAGGCUGCUUAUACCGGGGAUAUUCAAGGGGCAGGCCUACCCCACCCACCCCAGCCAGGGCACCUACUUAGACCGCCACCUGAGGAUAAAGAUGAAAGUGCCUCAGGCUAGCAAAAUGCUCUGGGGGCCAGAUGGGGUGAAAGGGUGGCAGCCGAAGGUUCUCUAUAUCACACGGCUUGGGCCGGAGCUGAAGCUUCGCCGCACCUUCCUACCGGAGAGCCAUGAGGCGCUGCUGAAGCUCAUGGAGGGGCUGGGGCUGCAGGUGACGAUGGUAGAGCUUGGGCAACUGACAUUCCGCCAGCAGUUCCUCGCCAUUCAAUCGGCUGACAUCAUCAUCUCCCUCCACGGUGCUGCCCUCACCAACGUGCCUCUCUUCGCCCGCCGCCAUGCCGCAUUAAUCGAGAUUAUGCCGUACGGCAUCGUUCACGAGCUCUACUAUUCCCUCUCGCUUAGCUCCGGCAUUCCGUAUUUCAUGAAGAAGUGUCGCAAGGGGGAGAAGCAGGAGGGAGAUUUGCCGGAAUUUGAAGGGCUGAGUGUCAAGGACUGCUUGCACAAGCAUGCGGCAUGCAAGUUUCACCAUAUCCACAUACGGCGAAUCCAACUGACCGAUGAGGACUUGGAUGAGAUCAGGAAAAUGCUUCUGGUUGCGAAGGACGUGGUUGGAGCGAGCCUGGGAGGGUUUGGGAGAUACAUGCACUCCGGUGAGCUGCCGGGGUGGGCUGAGGCAAGGUUUGGGCACAUGUGUGUUGCCAAGGAUGUGGAUUUGUAUGGCAAGAGGAGUGAUUUCCUUAGGGUGCCCAAGCCAGGGAAUGCAGCUGAAGACUUUAUUUGCGUGUUCUCAAAAGAUGAUGCUUAAAAGUAUAUGAUGUAUUCGUUGCACAAAUAAAUAGGUUAACCUUGG